AUGGCGACUACGGCGACCACAUUGGACACACUCCGUGGGCUCCGAAGAUUCCUGGAGGGUGUCCUGGACCUCUGGAACGGCGGCGACAAAGAAACGAUCUCGGCUGGUGAGCUGAAGGCUCUUCUAGCUGAGAUCAAGGAUGCAUCAGAAGAUCCCAAAUACUGGGAGGAGAUGAUGCAGGCCUUGCCGGGCGAAGGAGGCCUCGGACUCGCUGAAGUCGCCGAGGACAUAUUGAAACGGCUCAAUGAGGCCAACACUACCUUGGCGUUCAAGGACACGCUGAGGGGAAUGCGACGCUUUUUAGAUGGUGUCUUGGAUUUAUGGCGUAGCGGAUCCAAGGAUGCAGUCUCAGCCGUCGAGCUUAAGGCCCUGUUGGCUGAGAUCCGGGAUGCAUCUGACGAUCCUAAGUACUGGGAGGAAGUGAUGCAGGCAGUGCCCUGCGAAGGGGGGUUCGGCCUGAGCCUUGCGGAGGUGGCAGAGGUGGGCUCCGGCCAAGUCAUGAGGGGUGCACCAGCAGUGCAGACCUACAGCCAGAGGAUCAGAUUCAUUAGAUCGCCUGCACCAGUGCGCAUGUCAAUGCUGCUGGCUCUUUGGAUAACUUCGGUUGCUGCCUUGGAGAUGGGGCAGCAGUUCCCUCGCCAUGAUGUACUGGAUGGCUACGACAACAUGCUGUCUGUCAUGGUGUUCCCAGCAAGCGAGCAGCAGGCGGCAGAAUUAGACAAAGCCUUCAAAACGGUGGCGGGCGCGCGUGAUGAGUUCCACGUCCAUGGCGCCAACGUGUCUUUCUGGGGUGAGCCCGCGCUGCUGGAGUACGCGCACUACGGCGGCCAGUUGCGUGCAGAGGACGCCGGGCUCUCACCGACUGGCCUGGCUGCCUUGAUCAGUGUAACGGACAAUUUCACGGUUGAGAAGGUUUGGGAGCAGACCGCGGCGCGAGGCUUGGCACAGCAAACUCUGGACUUCAUCCUCAAGACAUACCAUGCAGAGAAAGAGGAGCAGGAGGCCGAGGCGAAUUGCAACUUUAUGUUUUUCAGUUGUCAGCAAUACGAUAGGCGCACGCUGGAGUCUCGUUAUCUGGCCCUCUUGGCAGGGCCAGUUCAGCCGAGGACAGAUGUGGUGCGGGAAGAGGAGGAGGAGGAUGAGGAGGAAGAAGAGGAGGAGGAGGAAACCGAGGCCCAUGCGUGA